AAUAUUUUCAAAAACCACCAAACCGAAGCCUACAGAAGAAAAGAAGAGAACUUUCCUUCUUAUAUUUUUGUUCCAAUUCUUCAAUUUCAACAAACAAAAGGGAAAAUGUUUCUUGUAGAUUGGUUUUAUGGGAUUUUAGCAUCUUUGGGUUUGCAUCAGAAGGAAGCAAAGAUUUUGUUUCUGGGGCUCGAUAAUGCCGGAAAGACAACUCUGCUUCAAAUGCUCAAAGAUGAGAGACUUGUUCAGCAUCAGCCAACGCAGUACCCAACAUCGGAAGAACUAAGCAUAGGGAAGAUCAAAUUCAAGGCCUUUGAUUUGGGCGGCCAUCAAAUUGCUCGUAGAGUCUGGAAGGACUAUUACGCCAAGGUUGAUGUCGUGGUCUACCUGGUCGACGCAUACGACAAGGAGCGAUUCGCGGAGUCGAAAAGGGAGCUCGACGCCCUCCUCUCGGAUGAAUCUCUGGCAGAUGUACCGUUCCUCAUUCUAGGGAACAAGAUCGACCUACCAUACGCAGCUUCGGAGGACGAAUUACGUUUCCAUAUGGGGUUGACAAACUUCACAACUGGGAAAGGGAAGGUUAAUCUGGAAGGCACUAACGUGCGUCCGCUCGAAGUUUUCAUGUGCAGCAUCGUGCGUAAGAUGGGGUACGGCGACGGCUUCCGUUGGCUCUCUCAGUACAUUUAAGUAAAAAGCAAAACCAAUAACAACAAUUGCCAUGUCUAUAAGGAAACAUGUGUGGUCCUUGUUUAGAGGUUCAUUUUAAUGCAGUAUUUAGGGUUUGAAAACUCUGUUUAUCUUGUUAUGUUCUUUGUAGAGAAACAAGAUUACUUGGGAGUCAAGACAGUUCCAUUUUGUAAAAAGGAGGGUC